ACUGUCGAUGAGCUCAUUUUCUCGGGUUACGUCUCUCCACUAGUCACCAAGUUCGCCAACCGCCUCAUCCAGAUAUCUAACAAACUGCUUGGAACCAAUAUUGCGCUCAUCGAUGGAACAAAUUUCACCGUGGCUUUGAACCCUGCUAAUGGAACAACGGAUACGCUGUAUACGGUGCAAACCGGGAAGACUGACUACUCUCGAGCUGGAUACACCAUUUCUUUUACAAGUUUGGCGAAUCAAUCUCUUCCGAGCAACGGAGACAAGCUGCCUUCUCAA